GAGGGGGGGGUUCGCUAGCUCUCUCUCUCUCAUUGGUUAAUGUUUAACUCUGUUGACAUGUUUUCAGAGCGCGAUCUGGUGAUGCUUAUUGUACGUUGGAGCUUCUGACACCUAUUUUUCCCCUCUUAACUCAUCCAUCCUGGCUCUAGUUGUGAAAACCACGCCUAUACGGGCACACAAUUGGUCCGAAAGCGUAAAAUCGCCAAUCAACUGUGCGGCUCAUUAGCAGCAGAGAGCCGAGGGGGGAAGCAUUGUAGCCAGGAUCCGUGUGAGAGAGAGAGAGAGAGACAGACACACACACACACACACACGCAACCACGGGGGGACACGCAGAGAGAGAUCUGAGCCGCUCCGUGAGGAUAUGCUGUGAGAGGAGACUCGCCUAAAAGGAGCUGUUUCACUCAGAUCUUCCCUCCUUCCCUCCCCUCCCUCUCUGGGUGUCGGAUGCCCUGAUGAGAGUUCCAGCCUUGGCGGCGACCACUAUGGCUUACCACCCGUUCCACGCUCACCGAGCCGCCGACUUCCCCAUGAGCGCUUUCCUGGCGGCUCAGCCAUCCUUCUUCCCGGCUCUGACGUUGCCCCCGAGCGGGGCGCCUGCCCUCUCGCUGCCCGGAGCCCUGGGGAAGCCGCUGUCGGAAGCCACCCUGGCCGAGGCCGCCCUCCACGUCCAGGCGCUGGGGCAACAAGCCGCUCACCUGCGGCCGCUCAAGAGCCUGGAGACCGAGGACGAGGUGGAGGACGAUCCCAAAGUGAUCCUGGAGGCGAAGGAUCUGUGGGACCAGUUCCAUAAACUCGGUACCGAGAUGGUCAUCACCAAGUCCGGCAGGAGGAUGUUUCCGCCGUUUAAAGUGCGUGUGAACGGCUUGGAUAAGAAGGCCAAGUACAUCCUGCUGAUGGAUAUAGUGGCGGCGGAUGAUUGUCGGUAUAAAUUCCACAACUCCCGUUGGAUGGUGGCAGGCAAGGCCGACCCCGAGAUGCCCAAACGCAUGUACAUCCAUCCCGACAGCCCGGCCACCGGCGAGCAGUGGAUGGCCAAAGCUGUCACCUUUCACAAGCUCAAGCUCACCAACAACAUCUCCGACAAACACGGAUUCACUAUCCUGAACUCCAUGCACAAAUACCAGCCCAGGUUUCAUAUCGUUCGAGCCAACGACAUCCUCAAGUUGCCCUACAGCACCUUCCGCACCUAUGUGUUCCCGGAGACGGAGUUUAUCGCGGUCACUGCUUACCAGAACGAUAAGAUAACUCAACUUAAAAUCGACCACAAUCCAUUUGCAAAAGGAUUUCGGGACACCGGCAAUGGGAGGCGUGAGAAAAGGAAACAGCUGUCGUUGCCCUCCAUGCGGGUGUAUGAUGACCAGUGUAAAGAUCGAGACGGUGGCGAUUCUGACGACUCGUCCAGUGACCCUCCGCUGGUCAGGGAAUCACUCCACUCGCCUCUGGCCGCAGACCCUGUUUCUCUACACUUGAUCCAAGCUUCCAAAGAUGAUAAAUCGGCGGCCAACAGCGACCAGGAGCUGGAGAGGCGUGAGGAGCGCUCCGCGGCCGGCAGCCCGGGUACCCAAGGCUCGGGGGCCGAGUCCCCGCCGGCGGUCAAGGAGAGGGACAGAGAGGGUGGCUCCGGCCACCCCGCGCAACGCUGCCACAAGGAUGGAGCUCCGGCCAAGAGGAAGGGCUGUGUGGAGAGCGACACCUGUUACAGCGGCAGGAGCUCGGACAGGGAGGAGGGCGGCGGCGGUGGUGGGGGCGGCGGCGGCGGCGGUGGGGGCAGGAGGAGGAAAGAGGAAAGCAGUAAAGAUGCCGAGUCCGCUUACUCGCCGCUGAUGAUCCAGACCGAGAGCCCGUCGCACAUGGCCGGGUACCUGCAGAGCCUGGCGCACUCGGGUCUGCAGAGCCAGCAGUUCUUUAACCCUUUGAACGUGGGGCAGCCGCUGUUUAUCCACCCGGGGCAGUUCGCCGUGGCCCCCGGCGCCUUCUCAGCCAUGGCCACCGGGAUGGGACACUUACUGGCCUCGGUGUCCGGAGCCGGCAGCUUGGAUCCCGGCCUCUCCUCGGUGCCGGUGCCCGGGGCCAGCGCCCCGCAUUUCCCCUUCCACCUCUCCCAGCACGUCCUGGCCUCGCAGGGAAUCCCAAUGACCACUUUCGGAGGGCUGUUCCCGUACCCAUACACCUACAUGGCUGCUGCUGCAGCCGCUGCUCUGCCCAGUGCAGCCGGGGCCACUUCCUCUCUGCACCGACACCCCUUCCUGAGCGGGGGCCGACCUCGCCUCCGCUUCAACCCCUACUCCAUCCCCGUGUCCAUCCCGGCCAGCACCAACCUGCUGACCACCGCCAUGCCCUCGGCUCUGGGCGGCUCCGACAGCAAACUGUGCAGCCGCGGCUCCAGCCCGGGCUCCGAACUCAACCACAAGAGCGAGGGCAGCGGGGUAAGGACUGGGGCCGGGGGCACGAUCAGCCCGCUCUCCCCCAAGCCCGCCGCCAAGGAGGCCAUGAACGAACUGCAGAACAUACAGCGGCUCGUCAGUGGGCUGCACAGCCAGCGGGAAGCCUCGCCAGGUCCACCCUCUCCCAAGUGACCCUCUUCCCAUCGGGCCAGGAGGACAUUCAGCUACGAGGCACCACCAGCCAGUGCGGCCAGGUGCAAACCGGGUGGGGGGGGGCUGUACACAUCAUUCCCUCCACCCACCCA